GCCGCGCUGCCAGACCCCGCUCUGCACCCAAAUCCUGCUGCAAAGGCCCCAAAUCCUGCUGAAACGGCCCCAAAUCCUGCUGCCUGCAGGGCCCCAGCUGCCCCGAGCCGUGGGGCAGGCAAGGUUGGCAAGCUCUGAGCCCAGGUCCUGCUGCCUGUCUGUGUCCCCCCAGGCCCUGGAGACGCCUCAGCAGGAGGAUGAACCCUUGUUCAUGCUGGAUUCCUGCUGUCACCUCACUUAUCACCUUGGUACUCUACCCUCUCCUCUUGCUGGCCCUUUACACCAAGCUCAGCAGGACAAUUGCCCAGCAUUCCUGCAGGAUGCAGGUGAGCAGCAGCCCUGGGGAGCAUCCCAGCCCUCAGCCCACCCCAGCUCCAGCCUCGGCACCAGGAGGGGACACGGCACAAAAACCUGGGGCACAAAAACAACCUGGGGCACAAAACCCAUCAGCAGCCUAUGCAGGGAGCAGUGACACAUCCUCAGAUACCUCGGAGGACUCUGACAACCCUUCCUGCCCUCAGGGCCGUGGCUCAGAGGAGAACAUCAAUUACACAUCCCUGGUGUUCCCAGGGAAAGGUCCCGAGCCAGGCUCUGCCCAGGACUACGAGAACGUGAAGACUGGGAUGGAUUAUGUCAACGUGGACCCAAAGAAGAGGAAAACACAUUUCUGGCCCUUCUCCAGCCCCAGGGCAUCCAAGGGUGUGGAGUACACCGAGGUGAAGCUGUGACACUGAUGUGUAGCUGUGGCACUGAUGUGUAGCUGUCACCAGGGUGUAGCUGUCACCAGGGUGAAGCUGGCACACCAGGGUGUAGCUGGCACACCAGCGUGCUGCUGCUCAGAGGUGCCCAGAGCCCCCAGGAGCUGCACAGCUGGCAUUGUCCCCUUCCCCUGGGGCACUGCCUGGCACGGGCUGCAGCUCUUGUACCACCCCGACCCGCAGGCACAGCUUCCUUGGCUUUUCCUUAAAGGCUCCACUGUUCCCGAGGGCUGCGGGGUGGGGCAGGGCGAGGCUCCUCCCAGCCAGGCUGGAAUCAGCUCUCCACCUCUCUGUCAUGGCCCUUCUCCCCCUCAUUUCAUGAAAGCCAAAGAAACAUCCCCCCCUCACCUCCCAAAAUGGGCACUUCAGGGAGGGAGAUGCAGUGAUCCUCAAACCUGCCCUGAGCCAGCUGGCAGCUCCUCUCAGUGAUGUUGUUUUGCUCAUCCGCCUCAUAAGAUCCUUUUAAAUACAAUUGUUCCACUGGCUUUUCCCUCUCCCUGUCUCCCACCUUUUGCUUUCUCUGCUUUGUCCCCACUCCAGGUGCUGGGGUUGGUCUGUCCCCACCUGGGCCACGUCCCUGCUCCUCCCUCAGCAUUUUGUUACUUCUGAAUUUUCCAGAAAUAAACUUCCAAAGUGCCUGGGAAUGGGAACGGUGCCCCAGUGGGAGCUCUGGGAGGGGGAUGGAGCUGCUGCCUCUCAGCACAGGGGGGGAUGGAGCUGCUGCCUCCCCUUCCUCAGGGCUGGAGCUGCCCCAAGUGUGUUUUAAAUGGGCUCAGUAAUGUUGGGAUUUAAUGAAAGGUUGUGAGAGCAUUGAUUUGGGAUUGAUCAGUGGCAGGGGCAGCCAGGCACUCCUGCUUUCAUGACCUUGUGGUGCAGAUCUGGCCCAGCUCGAAGGGCACGUGAAGGAAAAUGUUCCAAAAACCCCAACAAUUCCUGGGUAACGUUGGAAAACCCAGGAGAGGUGUGUUUGUGGGACUGGAGGUGAGGCCAAAACCAGUGAGAGGAAGCUUCUGAGAGAUCUG